ACCGUUAGGCCACACCACUCUCAAUCUUUACCACUCGCAAAACCUUCUUGUAAACAUGAAUUCACCGUGAAUUCAAUAAAUGUAAAUUCUAAAAUAUAAGUUUCGUUCUUUUACAAUUUUCUUAUUUUGAUCGAAAAAAAUACUUUUUCUUCAAAAUUAGAAGCUGCAGGCUUCCCCCUCCCCCAUUUUCUAGGUUUCUUGAUCAGAAAAAUCCGUCUGUUUUCUGCUUUUUUUGUCGUCUUUAUUUCCUCGAUUUGUUGUUUUCUGGGUAAUUGACAAAGAUCAUGGCGGCGUUGGCUCCUGGAAUUUUGUUGAAGCUACUGAAUGGGGUGAAUACAGGGGUGAAGCCCACGAGUGAGCACAGGAGUUCACUUUUACAGGUUACUGAUAUAGUUCCUGCAGAUCUUGAUGAAAAGAAUCUUUUGCCAAAACAUGGGUUCUACAUCAAGGUAUCGGAUUCUUCGCACUCAAUUUAUGUUAGUUUACCUCUCGAGCAAGAUGAUCUUGUUCUAAGCAACAAAAUGCAAUUGGGACAAUUUAUUUAUGUUGACAAAUUGGAGCCCGGAUCGCCGGUUCCCAUUGUUAAGGGCGCCAAGCCACUUCCGGGGAGGCACCCAUUAGUGGGAACGCCGGAACCAUUGAUGGGAUUGAGACAAAAGGGAGAGAAAAGUGAACAAAAAAUCGCAGCUCCUAGAAGGGGUUCUUGGGGAAUUGGGCCUAAUGGGGGUGAGAAUAUUUCCUCGCCAAGUGUUUUGAAACCGGUACCUUUGGAUUUUGAUCAAUGUACACCGGUUAAAGAGAGGCCACCUAGUGCUGUGAAAUUUGCUGGUAAUUUUCCUAUAUCGCCAAUGAUUCGAGGGAGAACACAGCGAGAUGGAAGCGCGGGUGGAGUUUUCAGGUCGUCAGUUGGUGGUGCGAUUUUGUCUAAAAUGGUGGAGACUAAAGGGGAAAGCCCAUUGAUUAGGAAAAGUUGUAUAACACCCUCUAUGUCCAAGUAUUCAAGGAGCAAAAGUGUCUGUGAUAGAGAACAAAGGAUUUUGAAAUGUCCCUUCAACACAGCUGAGAAAAAGAGUUCAACUCCACCUCCGAGUUUGCGGAAUGCAAAUACUGCAGUUUCUUCCACUGUUACAGCAAAUGCACAAAGUGACUCGAAUUCAAAGAUGACUUCACAAUCACAAUCUCAACCUUGUUAUUCGGCCUCCCCGAAUACCAGUCUUCCCAUGAAUUUACCUGGAAAGCUUAGCAUGCUCGGAAAGGAAGCGGUGCAACAGCGAGAAAUAGCGCAGAAGAUUGCCCUUCAAGCACUGAGAGAUGCUACAGCAACUGAAAAUAUUGUUCGUUCUCUCAAGAUGUUCUCGAACUUGACAAAAUCGGCUAAAACAGAAGCCCCUGCAGCUUGUUUCGAUCAGUUUCUCGAGUUUCACAGCCAAAUUACUCAAGCGGUGGCUGAAAUGGUGUCUGUUCAAGCAGCAACUGAAAUGGUUCAAACAAAAAAUGCAGAACCAAAGAAAAUCGUGGGAAAAUACCAUGAAGAAGAUGGCUCUAUUUUACAUGAAAUAGUCCACAAUUCAAUAGAUCAACAACAGAAACUGGAGUCCAAUGCAUCAAAAAGAAGAUCCGCGCUUUACAAAUCAAUGGCAACUUUUCCUGAAAGAAACGAGCAGCAGAUGAUUUUGGGAAAACAUUUGAGAUCUUCAAAUCUUAACCAGAAGGCGAGUUUAGAAAAUAAGGGAGCAGUCCCUGAAGCUGAAACUGAAAAUGACGAAAACAUGAAACCGGCUUCUUCUUGCAGCAUAUCGAAUACCACCAAACUGGGAAAGCAGAUUGAAACUGAAGCUGGAAAUUGGUUUAUGGAAUUUCUAGAGAAAGCAUUGGAAAAGGGUAUGCAAAAAUCUAAAGGAACAGGAGAAUCCGAUGCUCGAAAAGUUCCACAAUCACUAAUUUUGAAGGUGAUUAAUUGGAUAGAGGUGGAACAAAGCUAUCCGAUUAAGAGGCCAGUACAUCCCAGAGCUGCACAUAUAGCCAGGAAAUUUAGGAUUAAGAUGAAGAACCCUUGAUCCCUAGGAUCAUAUAGAAAGGGAUUUAUCAAUCAAAUACCGCUUGAAGUUUAGGAUUUAGAUGAAGAACCCUUGAUCACUAGGUUCAUCUAGAAAGGGAUUUAUAGAUCAAAUACGGCUUGAAAAUUUGUGUUCUUUUACAAAUGUUGUGUGAAGAAUUUUAUUUUAUAAAUAUCAGGAUUGUUCACAGGUUGAUUCCUA